AUGGAUGCUGUAGAAAAGCAACAAGGUGGGGUGUUUUUUUUAUAUGGCUAUGGUGGGACUGGUAAGACCUUUAUGUGGAACACUUUAUCAGCAACACUUAGUUUGUUGUUACCAGGAGGAAGAACAGCCCAUUCUAGAUUUAAGAUUCCCGUUCCUACUUUAGAGACUUCUAUUUGCAACAUUGAAAAAAAAGAUGAUAUUGCUGAGCUUCUUAAGUUUACGGAUUUAAUCAUCUGGGAUGAGGCUCCUAUGGCUAACAAGUUUUGCUUCGAAUCUUUGGAUAAAUCCUUAAAAGAUAUCAUGAGUGGUCCCACACAUGCAUCUAAAAAAAUAUUUGGCGGUAAGGUUGUUGUUUUUGGUGGUGACUUCAGACAAAUUCUCCCUGUUAUACCAAGAGGUACUAGAUCUGAUAUUAUCCAUGCAACAAUUAAUGCUUCUUAUAUUUGGGAUCAUUGUAAAGUAUUGAGACUUACAAAGAACAUGAGAUUGCAAAGUGGUCCACCUACUACUACAGCUGAUGAGAUUAGGAGCUUUUCUGAGUGGAUUUUAAAUAUUGGAGAUGGGACCAUGUGUGAACCUAAUGAUGGUUAUGCUGAUAUCUGUAUUCUAGAUGAGUUCAUUAUUUCAAACUUUACAGAUCCUAUUCAGGCCAUUGUUGAAGAUACCUACCCUGAUCUCAUUCAUAAUUAUCUUGAUUCCAAUUAUCUUCAAAGUCGUGCGAUAUUAGCUUCAACAAUCGAAGUUGUUGAUGAUAUCAACCAAUAUAUCACUAACCUUCUUCCAGGUGAAGAGAGAGAAUACUUUAGUAGUGAUUCCAUUGAUAGAUCAGAUGUAACUAACUUUGAUGCAUAUGAGCAUGUGACACCAGAGUUUUUGAACGCUCUUAAAACCUCGGGAUUGCCUAACCAUUCAAUCAGGUUGAAAGUCGGGGCCACUAUUAUGUUAAUGCGCAACCUAGAUCAGUCAGAGGGCUUGUGCAACGGCACACGACUAACUGUAACCAGACUUGCUGCCCAUGUCAUUGAAGCCAAGAUCAUUUCUGGAAAAAAUAUUGGUAACAUCUUUUAUAUUCCUAGAAUGUCUUUAUCCCCCUCACAAUCUCCAUGGCCAUUUAAGUUGGUGAGACGCCAAUUUCCAAUUAUUGUUUCCUUUGCCAUGACUAUUAACAAGUCACAGGGCCAGUCACUUGACAAUGUGGGAUUGUAUUUGCCAAAGGAAGUUUUUAGUCAUGGGCAAUUGUAUGUCGCUAUCUCAAGAGUCAAAUCCAAAAAGGGUUUGAGGAUUCUUAUUCAUGACAAAGAGAAACAACCUAUGCUCUCUACCACCAAUGUUGUUUUCAAGGAAGUCUUUCAUAACAUUUAA